AUGGCCGCAACUAUUGCGGCAUCUAGUAUCAUGGCUUUAAACAUAAGUCAACACAGCUCCCAAAGCUUGUGGGAAGAAGCAUUCAAAGCUCUUGCGCCUAAGGAUGCGGAGGCUUUCAAAUCGUCCGACACUUCGCAAUCGCCAGUAGAAGGAAAACGGGCUAUCUUAACACAACUUCUAGGAAAGGUCGAGGCUAAGAAAUCAGAAUGGGAAGAUAAGCGGUGGCGCUAUCAUCGAAAAGGAGAGGUCGUGAUUGUUGUGGAUGUCUGGAAUAAGGUUACAAGAUGGAUAACAAGCAUGUUAGCUGUGGUGGAUACAAUCGUCCAAUAUGACCCAGUUCAUGCUGCUUUGCCAUGGGCGGGCAUUAAACUCGUUCUUCAGAUCGCUGUAAACGAUUGUCAAACUCAGGGGGCUAUGGCUGAGGGUCUUGAGAAGGUAUCAUUUCUUCUUCUGCGCUACGAGAUGGUCGAGCGCAUUUACCUACAGAAAUCUUCGAAAGCCAAGGACAUGUUGAGAGCAUCCAUUGUGAAGCUUUAUGCUGCUGUUUUGCUGUAUAUUGCAAAAGCGCUUAAGUACUACUCUCAAAGUAUUGCGAAGAAGCUAGGAAAGUCAAUAAUUGAAGGCCGUACCCGGGUCCAGAGUGUUCUAGAUCAAGUCUCGACAGUCGAGAGUGAAGUUGAUGCGGUCCGGCGUGAUAUUGAUGCUGAGUUUCACGAGUUAUCUUUCAAUAUGCUUCUCGACUUACCGAGACAACUGCAGAGCCUCUGGACUGGGUUGGGGAAUCCUCUGAUACGAAUGGGAGAGCAGAUUUCAGGCAUCCAAAAUCACUUGAACGCUGAGAAGCGUUCUAAAAUUCUCCGCUGGACAUCCGUCAUUCGAAUUCAAGAUCACUACGAGGAUGCAAGAGACGAUAUAUUGGAGGGAACUGGUCAAUGGCUGUUUGCCAAGCAGGAAUAUCAGGAGUGGAGCUGUUCUAGUGUAUCCUCAAUCUUGUGGCUUCGUGGAAUCCCUGGCUCUGGAAAGUCGAAAUUGACUACUAUGGUCAUCGAAAAAUUGCUACACGAACGUUCAGUCUCUUCGUCGGCGGCGCCGUUGGCAUUUUUUUACUGUGCACGAAACUCUGCGGAGCCGGAGCGGUCUGACCCAAAUCAGGUUCUACGAGUAAGUUGGGCUUUAUCUUCAUCAAAGCUGGUUUUAUUGAUUGGUGUAACUGCUGAUAUUUGUAAUGCAUCUGCAAAGGCUAUUGUCAAACAGCUCGCAUCGGAGUCCGUAAAGUUACCAAUAAGGCAAGCACUUGUCGACGAAUACAACGCCAGAGUCGCCAAAUAUGGUGAUGAUAUAGGUCCCCGACGUUUAGCUGUGAAGGACUGUAUAAAGCUCAUCUUAGCCAUUACUGAAAAUAACCCAAUUACGAUAGUCAUAGAUGCGCUGGACGAAUGCGACAUCAACGAGCGUUGGGCAUUGCUUUCCGGCCUCCAAGAAAUCAUCCAGAAAUCAAAGCAAUUGGUCAAAGUCUUUGCGUCUAGCAGAGAGGAUGGGGAUAUCAUUGCACAGAUGUCUGCAGUCCCUAACAUCACUAUCCGUGCCAGCGAUAAUGGUGAGGAUAUCCGGAAAUUUGUGGAGUCUGAGGUCAAUCGAAUGAUUUGUACCAGGCGCCUUCUACACGGGCGUGUGUCUGAGAAGUUGAAGAGCAAGAUUGUUUCGAAUCUCUCGAGUGGUGCUCAAGGGAUGUUCCGCUGGGUGAGUCUUUCCAUGCAGAGUAUCUGCGACGUCCGCAGCAUGAAAGUCGCGGGCGAUGUCGAGAACGCCAUCGGCAAACUUCCCAGCUCCCUACGUGGUCUUUAUGAUAUCAUCUAUGAUCAGUUGCCUAUCGCUACUGGCGACUCAGAAAAUGCGAAAGAGCUCACCACCUCCCAGGUUGUUCGAAGAACAUUCAAUUGGAUUUUGUGCGCUCAAGCGCACCUCUCAACUGCCGCUUUCAUUUCUGCUCUUUGGAUACCUGACGCAGAUGAAGACGCAGUCGACAACCUCACCAAGGACCAAGUGCUAGACGCUUGCUGUAACUUGGUCGUGCAUGACGCCACGGCAGACACUUUUCGUUUUGCACAUUUGUCUGUCCGUGAAUAUCUUGAGAACAGGUCUGAUUUCAACUACACAUAUCAGUAUGGCAUGGCUCUCUCGAGGUGUUUUCAAUCAUUUGAUAGCCCAAACGUUGACUUCAGCAAGCGCGAUUGGGACGAAGAGCCCUUUACUAUAUAUGCUCGAGACAAUAUUGUCAGCCACUAUCGGCGUGUGGAACUUGCUGGAAACGACAUUUCCCAAGAUCAACGUAUUUUACCUCAAAAUAUCAAGACACUGGUCGAAGAGACGCUUGUGGGAUGUUGCUUUGAGAAGUGGAUAUCUGCAAUCAAAAAAGAAGUUGGACGAGAGGCUUUGACAGAAGUAAAGCGAUACCGAAUGAAACAACGUGUUUGUUCCAGCAACUCUCAAUGGAUUCCGCUGUAUUUCGCGAGUUAUUUCGACCUCGAGACUAUGGUCUACAUAUGCAGCGAAAUGGCAGCCGCAAAGGGAACUUCGCCUUGGGAAAGUAAGAAUAUCAACUACCAAGCCCCACUGCUACUCGCUGUGGAAAGAGAUAAUGUCAGAGCUUUUACAGCAAUGUUGAAAUGCGGGGCGGGUGUCAAUCAUCACAGCGAGUCGGGCGGUGCACUAUUGAAGCGAGUCAUGGAAAACGCGAACACGGUUUUCCUUCAUAUAAUUUUGCGCCACUGUGCAGACAUGCCUUUAUCUGAAGAGGAAAGCCACCUCCUCUAUGUUUAUCUGCUUCAAGCAGCGAUAUUGAAGAGAAAGUGGGACAAUGUCCGAUACCUCAUUGACUUUACAAGAGGCAACGGGCUUAAGACUGAUUGCCCACAACUCCUCUUCAUUAACGUAGUCAGAGCUGGUCAUUAUGGAAUUGUUGAGCUACUACUUCCUGUUGUCAUGAUACCAACUACUGCAAGAGACGAAAUGCUUAGCGAGGCUCUCAUUGUGGCAGCCAAAGGUACCCAGCUAGGUUUAUUUCUGAAUCAUACGAAAGUGGCCGAGGUCUUACUAAAUGCAGGAGCUUCUAUCAGAAGCUGGGAUGCAGAAGGCUCUGCAUUAGCCCAUGCCGUUAAUGAAGGACUCCAACAAACAGCCCAACUUCUAUUGUCGAAAUGUACAGGGUCUUGCGGCAUUGAAACACCGCCACAAAGCGCGAUUGUGGCCCAAGAUACCUUUUCACAAAUUUCUCCCUUGUCGCCAAACAGAAUUGUUCCGACAGCUAGCGAACCCGUUAAGACAUCCACUACUGAUAGCAUGCAGAGAAAGUCAUGCAACUCCGCUCUAUUUGCGGCGCUGUUGUUUGGCAGUACUACCAUGACUUCUCUACUGCUUGUGCAUGGGGCAGAAUAUACUGGAGAUAUCAUGUGGCUCAAAGACCUUUUGCACUUCGCCAUCACUGACAAAGAUGCCCUAGUGGAAUUGCAAAAGGUCGCCUUGCUCUGCAGUGCAGUUUACUCAGAGUCUCACUCUAUUGUUAGCCUAUUGCUACAGCACGGAGAGGAUGCCAACGAGGUGUUCUCAAUAACAGAUCCUUAUGGGAUUGAAGACCUAACGACAGCGCUUGAUAUGGCAGCGGAAAGAGGACUUUUGGAUAUUUUCAUAUUACUAAUGGAACAUAAAGCCGCCAAAACGACCACUCUUGCCAACUCUACUGAUCUUAGCCUUCUGGAGAAGGCUAUAAUUGCAGAAAAAAUAAACAUAGUUUCGUUUUUACUUACGGAUAGUAGUGCGAUUGAGUAUGUGAGAACUUUCCACGGCAAUGAUAUGUUAAGACCUUUGGCCAUUGCUUUAUGCGGAAAAUAUUUUGACUGGAUUUAUUUAGUAAUACAGCACUACGCUCCUACUCCGCGUUUGAAGGGAUUCGUAUAUGAUAUGCCCAUUCAAAUAUCCUGGCAUUGGAGAGUUAACUUGCUGCUUCUUCAGCGACUUAAUCUCUCAGAGACAACAUCGACAUUUGAGACAUCGCAAAUAUUUUCACUUUGGAACUCGCUGCUAAACCGAGACAAGUCUAAAGUUGGUUCAAUAUUACGCACCGCGAGGAAUGAGAGACACUUUGCCCUUCUUGUUGCAGUGGGUGGGCGAUCUUAUGAAUUGGUCAAACUUUUGAUAGAUUCUUGCGGUGCCAACGCGGACGGCGACCCGGCAAAUACCGCGUGGGAUACGCCUCUUAUCUCUGCUAUCCAGGCCAAAAACAAAGAUUCAGCAGAGUAUCUUCUCCUGAGUGGGGCAGAUGCUAAUAGGACAAGCAAAACUUGGAGAUCUCCACUUCAUGCAUGUAUCGCUGUCUAUGCUAAAAAGAAUCCCAAGUUGAUGGCCAGCUUUGCUUAUAUGCUAGUACAGGCUGGCGCGGAUCUAAAUGUGGUGGAUGAAGAUGGAAAGUCUCCAAUGGAAUAUCUCGCCGUACUCUGGGAAAACAGUGAUAAGAAAAUUCGAAAAUUACGCAAGGUCCUAGAGGAAUGGGGUUAUUCCUUUGACACUCGAGUGUAG